AUCUCUAUACCUUGUUGGACUGCCCCCCCCCCUCUGAUGAACAUGACGGAACUCAGCGAAGAGAAGCCCAAAGUGAAGAUGUUAUCCCCGGGGUUUGGGAUCGAUAAGUCCCGCAUGCACGGCUCCGGGUUCCGGUCCAAAGGCUUCGCCAUCACGGACCUGCUGGGCCUGGAGUCGGAGCUGCAGGCCCGGGGCCCACCGGGACCAGGACCGGGCGUCUCCUCCCCGGGGGUCUCCCCCUCUGCGGAGCACCAUCCGGGCCCCGGCGGCCUCGGGGGCUUCUCCUUCCCGGGAAGCUCUCUCCCGCUCGGCCUCGGCUUCCUGUGCAGCCUGGCGGCGCAGCAGCCCGCCUUCCUGCCGGGACACCUGCCGCUGCUGCACCGCGCCGACACGCACUACCUGCAGACCGUGCACGAGGCCCAGAGGCAGGCGGCUGACAACUACUCAGAUGAAGAAUGUCUCUCUGACAGAAACGACUCCAAAACCUCCCAAAACUCCCAGAAGAGAAAGAAGAGGAGACACAGGACGGUGUUUACGUCCCACCAGCUGGAGGAACUGGAGAAAGCGUUCCACGAGGCUCAUUAUCCUGACGUUUACGCUCGAGAGAUGCUCGCCAUGAAGACGGAGCUGCCUGAGGACAGAAUACAGGUGUGGUUCCAGAACCGGCGAGCGAAGUGGCGUAAGCGUGAGAAGUGCUGGGGCCGCAGCAGCGUGAUGGCGGAGUACGGCCUGUACGGCGCCAUGGUCAGACACUCCAUCCCGCUGCCCGAGUCCAUCCUCAACUCAGCCAAGAACGGCAUGAUGGGAUCCUGUGCCCCAUGGCUGCUCGGUGAGCCGCAUACACGAAUGCACAAGAAGUCUCUGGAAAUUUCCAAAAAGUGUCCCAGCCCUCGGGAGUCGGACUCGACUCACUGCGACUCAUUCUGCGAUGCUUCGGAGCGCCGUGGCGAGGCGUUGGAGCCGCCCUGCGAAGCCAGGGAGGAAGAAGAAGAGGAAGAGGAAGAAGAGGCAAUCGACCUAUCCAGUUCCUCCAAACAGCAGCAGGAAGACGCCGCCGGAGGCUCCGUAAGACCCGCCUCCUCGCCGCGGCGGCAGAGCGCCGGCGAAUCAGACGAACGCAGCUGAAGCUCAGACGCGUAAAAGAUGUCGCUGACUGUCUGGCCAUGGCAGGGGGAACACAGAGAUCUGAUUGGCUCUUCCUUUCAGGGAUCACAUGAACAGCCAAUGGGUUGUUUGUUGCUAUGCAAGUUAUCACAAAAAUAUAUAUUUAAUCAUUUAAAUGCUGCUCUGGUCCCGAUACAUGGGCGCAGAUUGGAUUGGCAUUGCGAUUUUUAUUUAUUGUGAUUCAAGAAGUUUUGAGAUUCUAUAGCAUUGAGUUUUGGGAUUUUCUUUUCCAAAACAAAAGAUGAAUAAUGCACUUACAGAGGGAUCACAUGAACAGCCAAUGAGAGAACUUGACGUUACAUUGUCUGUUACUAUGCACAUAAAUAUAUUUAAUAAGCUACUCUGGGAUACUUAGCGUGUUAAAAUAUAAGCUACACACUAGAGGGUGACACGGGAAUCAAUUGUUGCUCCCAUCCCA